AUGAAGCCCUUUGGCAGGCUCGCACUUGCGAUUGCCAGUCUCCUAAUAAUCCCAUCUGCGAUAGCCGAAUCGAGACAGCGGAACCCGCUUCGGACUGUGACCCGCCUCGAGUCUCCCACCCUCAUAGCACCCUCACACCGAGUCCAUGCCCACUCUCACUUCCAGGCAACCUUCUCCCUCGGCGACUCGCCACAAAAGGUGAGGUUAUCGCUCGAGCCCAACCACGAUGUUGUCGCCGAGGGUGCCACAAUCACCUACCUGGGUGCCGAUGGCAAGAUCCAGAAGACCGAGCCCAUCGACCGCUUAGAUCACCGUGUAUUCAAGGGUAAAGCCUUUGUCCAGUAUCCGGGAGAGACCGAGUGGGUCAACGCCGGUUGGGCAAGAAUACAUGUCCACAGGGACGGGCCGGAGCCCCUGUUUGAAGGAGCCUUCCAGGUGUACGGCGACCACCACCACAUUCAGACCAACACCAACUACCAAAAAACUCGCCUCAGGGACGAUCCCGAGAUUGAACCGGCGUCCGAUGAGUACUUGAUUCUGUGGAGGGACUCGGAUCUCAAGGUCGAUGCGGCGUCCCACAGCCCCGACGAGCUCAAGCGAGCGCUAGCUGAAAAGGAGACAUGCACUUCCGAUCACCUGGACUACAACGCCGAUGCGAACCAUCCCAUCUACCGUAGUCUCGACGGCCUUGACGGUUUCAAUGGCCUCGAAGAAAGGUCGUCGUGGUCAUCGAUGGCCUCGAAUAUGCUGUUCGGGCGGCAGAUGGACGGCACGACGGGUGGGAACGGUGCAGGCGCGAACCUGGUCUCAACCAUCGGUUCGACCUCCGGGUGCCCGACGGCCAGGAAGGUCGCUUUGAUUGGCAUUGCCACCGACUGCACGUACACGGCCGAAUUCGACGGCAACGAGACAGCUAUCAGGUCCAAUAUCAUCAACCAGGUCAACACAGCGUCCCAGCUGUAUGAAAGUACCUUCGACAUCUCCUUGGGGAUACGCAAUCUUACCAUCAGCCCCCAAGCUUGCCCAGCCACCGCCAGCUCUGACGCGCCAUGGAAUGUCGGCUGUUCCGAUUCUACCACCAUUACCGACCGCCUCAUUCUGUUCUCGGAGUGGCGCGGCCAGCAUGAAGACAACAACGCGUACUGGACUCUGAUGAGCACCUGUGGCACUGGAUCAGCUGUUGGCCUGGCCUGGCUUGGUCAACUCUGCACGGUUGGCUCUUCGACCUCGUCCAGUGGCGGCAACGAGACAGUUGCAGCAGCCAAUGUUGUCGUGCGAACAGAUGGAUCCACCGAGUGGCAGGUCUUCGCCCACGAGACUGGGCACACCUUUGGCGCUGUCCACGAUUGCACCUCUACGACGUGCGCAGACGGCACGUCGACCAAGCAGCAGUGCUGUCCGCUCAGCUCGAGCUCCUGUGAUGCAAAUGGCCGCUUUCUCAUGAACCCCUCUACCGGAACUGGCAUCACGCAAUUUUCAGCAUGCAGUAUUGGCAACAUCUGCUCGGCUCUGGGGCGCCAGAGCGUCCAGAGUACUUGCUUGACAAAUAACAGGGAUGUUGUGACCAUCACCGGAAGCCAGUGCGGCAACGGUAUCGUGGAGUCAGGGGAAGAUUGUGACUGUGGCGGAGAAGCGUCAUGCGGCAACAACACAUGCUGCAAUCCUACAACUUGCAAAUUCACCACAAAUUCGGUCUGCGACCCGACCAACGAGGAGUGCUGCACCGAUCAGUGUCAAUUUUCUAGCAGUGGCACUAUCUGCCGUGCUAGCACAGGUCUCUGCGAUCCCGAAGAAACCUGUCAAGGGAACUCGUCUUCAUGUCCGACUGACAAUAAUGCGCCUGAUGGGACAAGCUGCGGGGAUGGCCUGCAGUGCGCCACGGGCCAGUGUACGUCCCGGGACCAGCAAUGUCAGUCCCUCAUGGGUUCUCUGGUGACGAACAACAACACUGAAGCGUGUGGUUCCUCGAGCUGCCAGAUUCAAUGCCUCAACAACAAUGUUUGCUAUGAGCUGAACCAGAACUUCCUGGAUGGCACCACGUGUGGCGGUGGCGGCAAGUGUAACAACGGAGUGUGCAAGGGCGCCAGCGCCGGUGACGAGAUUCUGUCGUGGAUUAACGACAACAAACAAAUAUUUAUCCCCGUUGUGUCUGUGGUGGGUGGUCUCAUCGUCCUGGCGAUUGUCACCUGCAUCUUCUCCAGGUGUCGUCGGAGCAGUCGAUCUAGGAGGCGAGGACCUUCGAGGGCGCCCAAGCCCCCACCAGGAUGGGGACAGAUACCACCGCCCCCACCUGCUAUGAGCAGAGGACCGAGAUCAGACCCCUUCAUGAAUGGACCUCCUCCAUCGUAUAAUCAAGGUGGUUACCAGCCGUACCGAAAUGCACGGUACGCCUAG